AUGCUUUCUUCCCUACCAUUUUUAGCGGUUGGCUUCCUGUUCACUGUAGCCAUGGGCCAUACAUUUCAAUUUCAAGAAUAUGACUUUCUCCAGUUUCUGGGCUUAGACAAGUUGCCUUCACCUCGGAAGUUCCAACCUGUGCCUUACAUCUUGAAGAAAAUUUUCCAAGAUCGAGAGGCAACAGCAACCACUGGAGUCUCCCAAGAUUUAUGCUACGUGAAGGAGCUGGGUGUCCGUGGGAAUGUGCUUCGACUUCUCUCAGACCAAGGUUUCUUUAUUUACUCAAACAAACUCUCCCAAGAUGACUCUUGCCUACAGAAGCUCCUCUACUUUAACCUGUCUGCCAUCAAAGAAAAGGAGCAGUUAACAAUGGCCCAGCUGCGCUUGGACUUGGGGCCCAAUUCUUACUAUAACCUGGAACCAGAACUGGAGUUGGUUCUGUGGCUGGUUCAGGAGCCUCAGGUGUGGGGGCGAUCUAUCCUCAAGCCCGGUAAAAUGUUUGCCCUGCAGUCUGUACCAUGGCCUCAGGGUGCCCUUCACUUCAACCUACUGGAUGUGGUUAAGGACUGGGAUAACAAACCCCUGAAGAAUUUGGGCUUAUUCUUGGAGAUCGUGGUCAGAGGAGACAGAGACUCUGAAGUGAACUUCCGGUUGGAGGCCACCUGUGCCAGACUGAGACCUUCCUUUCAUGCUUCCCUGCUGGUGGUGACCCUCAACCCUGAGCAGUGCCACUCUGCUUCUCGAAGAAGGAGGGCAGCCAUCCCUGCCCCCAAGGCUUCUCACAAGAAUUUCUGCCGACCUCACCAGCUCUUCAUCAACUUCCAGGACCUGGGUUGGCACAAAUGGAUCAUCGCCCCAAAGGGGUUCAUGGCAAAUUACUGCCAUGGAGAUUGUCCCUUCUCACUGACCACCUAUUUAAACAGUUCCAAUUAUGCUUUCAUGCAAGCGCUGAUGCAUACAGUUGACCCAGAGAUCCCCCAGGCUAUCUGUAUCCCCACCAAGCUGUCUCCCAUUUCCAUGCUCUACCAAGACAAUAAUGAUAAUGUCAUUCUUCGACAUUAUGAAGACAUGGUAGUUGAUGAAUGUGGGUGUGGAUAG